UUUUGUAUUGUCAGUAAUCACUGAAAAAUGCAGAAUAACACGGAGAAGCUCAUUUUGGUUGCGGUGGACUCCCGUCUCAAUUCGCGUUGACCGGAGAUGGUCUCCGCCCUCCUCCUCCUCAUCUCUCUCCUCUCUCUUCUUUCUCCGGCGAUCUCACAAAAUCCCCAAUCUCGAGGAGGUUGCUAUUGGACGGAAUCAUGCCAAAGCAAAUGGUUUGGAGGAUGCCCUGCUGGUCACAUCAUAACAGAUGAGUCGGGUGAUUGCAAAGGUCUCUGUGGAGAACCAAGUUAUCCGCCAUGUCUUCCAUUUCAUACUCAUUUCCACUGUUGCAAGCCAGAAAAUCCAAAGGUAACAGACAGAUGCACCAGAUGCAAGAAUAAGUUGGACUUCAGUGAGGAGUACAUUUGUUGCACUGAUUGCUCGGACCCUUAUCUCAUAGACAAGAGCACUAAGUUUGGUUAUUGCAAGACCGGGGCAGAGUUGGCUAUGCAGUUGAAGCCACAAGAAACUUUAAGAUGGGUUGCUGGUCCAUGGAUGAAAUGUUCCUCCCCUUGUGACGGUGGAGUUCGUUAUAGAGAUGUGGGCUGUUUUGGGAGCCUGGAGGACACAUCUAUUAAACAUUACCCAGUGGAUGAUAGCAGGUGUCCAGCAGAAGCAAUGCCUGCUAGGCAAGAGGCUUGUAAUGUGAAAAGCUGUUCAGAGCUCAACAUCAGUGAUGUGAGUGAAAACAGGCCAAGUGGGAUGUCUGGAUGGUUGAUUACAUUGCUUGUUCUUCUUGGGUUAGUGGCAGCUGGAGGGCUUGUAUUUGCUGGAUACGUAUUUUACAAAAGGCGAACAUCAGCUCCUACGGGAUUUGUUUACAUCAUGCUGGAAGGAUACUCUUGAUCAGAUUGUUUUACUGCCAUUUUAUUGAUUGUUUUCUGCUCCCUGAUCUUGAGCAGGCUGGUGUGUUUUGUAUUGUAUAUUUCGUCGGGAAGAUGUCAAUAUCAGCAGGACCGGAGUAUGUCGAAUCACCCCCCAGUGGGUUUGGCUUGUAAUGUUACUUCUUUGUUUAUACUUCCGAAACAUAUUUUGACCA